AUGCAAACCACAAAACUGCAAACGAUUCCACCCAAUGCAUUGAGAAAGGUCCAUUCCCGAGUCAAGUUUGAACUCGAGAUAUAUGGGGAGAGAAGCAGAAAGAGACAAACGAGGCAAUCAAGGCAACCCCAAAUUCAACGCAGAGUUCACGAGUCCUCAUAUCCAUCCGGCCAUAUUGAGAGCCGUCACCGUGUCAGUCGCACCCACAAGAAAUUGGGUAUCGGGUAUCGAGGGUCGCUUAGCUCGCAACCAUUCGUCCCAAUUUCAUGGUUUUUAUUUUCAGCCUGA